AAGAUGGCCAACAGACAAACUGUCAAUCCUCUGCUGUUUUCAGCAAAUAGCAGCACUGCCUUUGAUAAUUUUCCUACUCCGGCAGUACUUAUUCCACCAUCUCAAAAUGAGGCGCAGAAUGUCUCAAAUGAUGUGGAGGAGGCUGACAGCUUCCUAGGUCAAGGAGCAGGUGAAGGAGAUGCAGCCAAGUUACAGACUGGGACAGAAGCCAGUCAAGAUCUUAUAUUUCCACCAUCAGGCACUUCAGGGAUUGGCCCUGGGCCCCCACUACACCACAAUGUAACAUCUCCUGUCAGCUCAGGAAUCCAACCAUUAUCUUCUGUAGCACCAUUAGUCAACCCAACUCCAGGGACCUCACAGCUUCCCUUUGCUCCUAGACCCAUGACCUCCAGUUUCCCAGGAGUGGACCCUCCUUUGUCUCGCCCAACAUCUUUGGAUCCACCUGUGAGGCCACCAACUGGACCACCACUAAGCUUGCCACCCCUUGGUCCACCUCCUAUAGCACCAAUCAGCAGUGUGCUUCCCAUCCCUCCUGCCUCUACACCUUCAGGAGGAAUACAGCCCUCUGUUUCACCAGCUCUUAACUCUGUCGUUGGGCCACCCCCAACAGGAUUCUCUCCAAAUAUUCAAAUUUCAAAUGGAGCAGAUCAAAAAGGUAGUAAUUUCUUGCGUCGACCAAGGAACAAGUAUGUAGCACAACAGCCUCUGGCAAAUUCAGCCAAAAGCCCCUCUAGUUUGAUGCCAUCUGGAGGCCCCUACAGUACAGGGGCUGAGGACUCCCUCUCACCCAGUGCACCUUCAAAUAUGCUCCCAACACCAACCUCAGUGUAUGGAUCACCCAUGUCUUCUUUCAGUACUAACAGUAUAUCCCCAACUAAUAAUCAGUCUCCAGUUAAUAGUAUGUUUUCAUCAAUAUCAAGUAUACCCUUUGGAACAUCCCCAGAGGACAUAAAGCUGAGUUCUGUAAAUCUGGGUCCACAACCAGGCCAAACUUCAGUUCCUCCAUCAAGCACUCAAGAAGGGUCCUCUACAUCACAGGCUACUGUUAUCCCAGCAUCAUUUGAGAAUAUGGCUAGUAAUCCACCAAGUCAGGAUGGCAUGUACCACCCAGUGAUGCAUCAUUGGUUCUAUGCAGUUGGCCAGCCUCCCAUAUGGAAGCCAUUCAGCUUUACAGAUUCCUUUAACUUGGAAGAUGCUCAUCGAACAGGUAGCACAGACAUCUUGGCAACUGAUGGUGGUCGCCACGAUGUGUGUAUAAGUGAAAGGUUGCGCAGAGCUGUGUUUUGGGAUGAUAGUGAACCCUGCCCAGUGCGACGUUGUAGCUGGUUUAAGAAGGGCCCGCUAGAUGCACAACCAACACCUUAUGAGGAAGAUGUGGCAGAGAAAUUAGAGGAGGAAUAUCGCGAUGCAGUAAUAUCUGGCCGCUGGCAUAAGCAGGUUGAUCUCAAGGAUGGUGACAGGAUAAUGAUUCACUCCACUCGAGUCAUGCUUCACUAUCAAGGUGUUGAGGGAGACUUUCCUACUGGGAUCUCCGUCAAUGGCUCUCAGGCACCUCUGACAGUGAAACGAGGAACUGAAGAUUUUGAUAUAUCUGAUGGAGAAGCAGAGAAGAUAGACCAUCUUUUGUUUCUUGUCCACGGCAUAGGAUCUGUGUGUGAUUUGCGCUUCAGACCUGUUGAGCAGUGUGUUGAUGAUUUCCGGAAGUUAGGCCAACAGUUGUUGAGUACACACUUCAAGCAGUCAGUUGAUAUGGGAGUGAUUGGAAGGGUUGAAAUAUUACCUGUAUCCUGGCACAAGGCUCUUCAUGGGGAUGCAACAGGAAUAGAUGAGAAGUUGAAGCCAAUCACCUUGAGGUCAAUACCCAAGCUACGUGAAUUCACCAAUGACACCAUAUUAGAUGUUCUCCUUUUUACAAGCCCAAUCUACUGCCAGCAUAUUGUAGAUACUGUGGCAUCUGAGUUAAACCGCUUAUAUACAUUGUUCUGUGAGCGCAAUCCAUCCUUCAGUGGGCCCGUCUCUCUGGGUGGGCAUUCCCUUGGUUCUGUCAUUUUGUUUGACCUCCUUAUGCAUCAGAAACCACAGCAUUUGUUCAGGGACCGGAUGGACUCGGUUACAUCCCCAGUGAACUAUGUCAUGGGUGGCCAGGGAACAGGUCAACCAUCUAUCACAUACCCUCAGAUCUCAUUCAAACCAGAUGCUUUCUUCCUUAUGGGAUCUCCCAUUGGUAUGUUCAUCACAGUUCGAGGCAUAGACACAAUAGGUGUGGAUUUUGAGCUACCCACUUGCAAGCGAGUCUUCAACAUAUUCCACCCAUUUGACCCUGUGGCAUACCGCCUUGAGACUCUUAUAGAUCCUAGUCUCACAGAUCUACGACCUGUCUUGAUACCCCAUCAUAAGGGAAGAAAGAGAAUGCAUUUAGAGUUGAAGGAAACCAUAGAAAGAGUUGGGACCGAGGUCAAACAAAAAAUUGUGGACUCCAUCCAGAGCACUUGGAAUCGACUCUAUGAAUUUUAUAGUGGAAGCUCAACAUCUGCAAAUACAAGUUUAGAGAAGGAAGUGGAUGAGGCCCUGGCAGAGAAACUUUUCUUGUCAGAUGAAGAGUCACAGCAAGGAGCCUCUGGAGAGUUGAAGAUCCCAGUUGGACGUCUGAAUCAAGGACGCAGAAUUGACUAUGUCUUGCAAGAGAAACCAUAUGAAAGCUUUAACGAGUAUAUUUUUGCUCUUCAGGCCCAUGUUACCUACUGGGAAUCUGAAGAUACUAUGCUCCUUAUUCUCAAGGAACUUUAUGUUCCCCAGGGAAUCACUUGUGACAAUGAGCAGAGUCAGCUUGGGCAGCAGAUAACCCAUGGAGAUGGGGACUCGGCUCUUGGCUCAGGUUCACUCUCCCCCUCAAGUCCACCCAUGUUUGAUACAGCAAGCAUGACCCUUUCUCAUCAUGGUUCGAAACCCACAGCUCCAACACCCCCGCCUAGUGAUCCUGUUCCGUUGUUCACAUCUCCUCCAACUUGCACGACAGCUGUAGAUCAUGGUGUUAACCCCCUACCAGAACCAAGUUUGAGUACCAUGCCACUAAACCAGGCUUGCCCAGGUCCUCGCGUUAUUGGAGGCAGACCAGUCAUUAGUCCAGAUAGUCAGAGUGUGGGUAUGGAUCCUACAGUAAAGCCAGCAGAGAAGCCACCUUUGGGUCCACCUCCUAAAAUGCAACCAGGCUCUUUUGUGAGGGCCUCGCCAUUCAGGAGGUAGAGAGGGACAGAGAGGAAUGUGAGGGAAAUGUUGUGAGUGUAGCUUUGGGAAUAUGCCAAGGAGACUUUCUUAUAAUUGGUACAU